CACGUCGUCCCGUAUAUAAGAAGCGACAACGCCGCUUCUUCUGCAACGUCAUAGAGCGGGGUCGACAUCGAAUGAUGGCUGCGGUUGCUGUAUGCGGGCCCGUCGGUCGUUUUGCGGUCGCCCGUCAGACAGAUCUGCGCCGUCAGAUCGGCCGCCAUGCUACUUGCCUGUACCACCAACUGCUACCUACCGAAGGCGAAUCCGCCUGUCCAUUCCAUCAGCCGGCCAGGAGUCAGCCACAGCCGGUCAAAUCCUACCAGCAGAUACCGACUCCUCGUUCGCGGUUUUUGGUGGGCACACUUUUGGAUGUUCUGGCCAACGGAGGCGCGCCGAAAAUUCACGAGUACAGCGACAAGCGGCAUCGCCAAUUCGGACCCAUCUAUCGAGAGACUCUAGGCUCGGUCGAGGCCGUGUUCGUGGCCGACGGACAGUUGAUCCAACGGGUCUAUCAGAACGAAGGCAAAUAUCCCAUGCACAUGGUACCCGAACCCUGGACUCUCUAUAACAAAAAGACGGGCAAGCAGAGAGGGCUCUUCUUCAUGGACGGCCCAUUGUGGAAUCAAAGAAGAAGAAGUCUGAACAAGGUGUUCUUGCGUCAAAAAACAGUAGCCGAAUACGCCGAUGUUUUCAACAGCGUAGUUACGGAUUUGCUCAAUAGAUGGCGCUUUAUACGGGACGAGAACAAAGUUGUUCAGGAUUUAGAAAAGGAACUUUACAACUGGUCGGUGGAAUCUCUCGGAACGAUGAUUUUUGGCCGAAGAUUGGGCUGCGUCGAUAGCGAUCAUCGCAAAGACGGAAUGCACGAAUUUGUCCAUUGCGUGCAACAGAUUUUUAGAGAAUCGGCAAAAAUGACCAUGAUUCCUCCCCGUUUGGCCUACAUGCUUAAAUUACCAGUUUGGAGGAGAUUCGUUCGAGCUGCGGAUAAAGCAUUAUAUCUGGCUAAGGAUUACGUGGAAGAAAACGUGGCCGAAAUCGUGGCCAAAGCCGGAUCGGGCCAGACGGUAGACGGAGUUUUAAGUCAGCUUCUAUUACAGGAAGAUAUCAAGGAAGAUGAAAUCGUACGAAUCAUCAUCGAUCUAUUUUUGGCUGCUGCAGAUACGACAUCGCACGCCACUCAAUGGGCUUUAUAUUUGUUGGCAAAAAAUCCAGAAUGCCAAGAAAGACUCUUUCAAGAUAUCCAAAAAGUAAUAGAACCGGGAGAAACGAUCAACGAAAAGCACCUACCUCAACUUCCUUACGUAAAAGGAGUCAUCAAAGAGGCACUCAGGUUGUAUCCAGUUGCCCCUUACUUAACUCGCGUUCUUUCUCACGAUUUGGUGCUUGGAGGAUAUGAAAUUCCAGCUGGGAAAUUGAUUCUCAUGUCUCUUUAUACUACUGGACGGGACGAAAAACAAUUCGAAAAUCCCAAUAAAUUCAUGCCAGAAAGAUGGAUUCGUCAAGAGCAACAAGAUGUUGUCAAUACGCACGCGUGUCUCCCGUUCGGAAUUGGUUCGAGAUCGUGCAUUGGAAGAAGAGUAGCCGAAAUGAAAAUGCAGUUUCUCAUUGCCAGGACUAUUCAGCAAUUCAAAUUGAAACCGGCCAAUAAAAGAGACGUAGAUAUUCACAUGAGAAUGAUCACUACCCCGGAUGAACCAAUUACACUUCAAGCCGAAGACAGAACGUAAUCGUGAAGAUAAUUGGAGUAUUGACAGAAUAACUAAAAGAAGCAAUGACGCACGCCCAGUCGUAACACGACGAGGUGAAGAAGCUGGUAAAGAUGAUCCUGCCAGAGAUUUUUAGUUACUCAGGAGAAUUUAAUGUCGAGAAGAAAGCCACGGAUUCGAUAAUUCGGGCUGGAAAAAAAAAAUGCAUUUACUCCAGCAAAUUUAGGAAAAUAAUUAUCUCCUUGUUUUUUAUAUUGGUAUUAAAGUUGGGACUCUUUUCCAUCUCAGACCCAAGAUGGCUGCAGUAUUAAAUAUGCAAUAUACCCGUUAAUAUUUCUAUCCGAAACCUGUGAUAAAAAAAGAGAGCCCAUCCAUCGGCUCCUUCCAGUUUUUUACGGAUGAAAGUCAUUUUUCGAAGAUUCUCACCACAUUGUCGACCAUUACCGAAAAUCAAAUCAGGUGAAACUGAAGAAUCGAAACUUGACCGUUCCCGACCCACCUCUUCUUCCAUUGAAGACCGUUUUUUUUAAGACCAAGAAAUCGUUUUGUUGAUCUCGUCUCAAUACCUCAACUCAAUAAUUCGUAGUCUUAAUAGGUGUGUCCUUUGUAGUUAAAACAAUGGAUAUUAAUUUAUGAGUUUUUAAAAAAAAAAAAUCUUUUUAUUCUUAAAUUUGAUGUAAAAAGUUAUGUAUUGUGUCAAUUCAAUAUUUGGAAGAAUUUAUUACAUGUUAAAAUAUUUCUGUACAUUUAUAUAAGGAAAUAUAAAGAUCGUUUCUGACUGUAA